UCAUAAAAUAUAAAUACUGUCACAAAAAAUGGAAAUUUGAAAGUUCGUCGAGAAACAUAAUUAUUAGUUACAUGCAUGUAUUAAUAUAGUAUUUACUUGCAAUCAAACAAUUGCUUGUACACAAAAAUGAAACUCGAAGUAUUGUUGACAACUGUGCUAGCGAUAAGUUACCUUAAAGUUGAAAUCAGCUGUUUAAGUAGGAGAUGUAUACAGUGUAGAUCUCGAGGAGAGCUUGGUUCAUGUGGAGACCCUCUACCCUUUAAUAUAAGUGACCCUGAAGCAGAACACGGUGUGCAUAUUACUGCUUGUCCAUCUGGAUGGUGUGCCAAGAGAAUUCAGGGAACCACUGGCACAUUUAGAACUGAUGAUUAUGGUGCGGUAACAGAAAGGUCCUGUCUUCAACAGCCUCCUAGUGAUUAUGAAGAAAGAUGUGCGUAUACCAUGUGGAAAUAUAAAAGGGUAUAUGUAUGUUUCUGUAAUGGUGAUUUGUGCAAUUCAGCUCCAACAAUGAAGAUGUUUUCUCCUGUAUUAUUACUCAGUAUUUUUAUCUUCAUAAAGAAUUAUAUUUAUUAAUCCACAUUGAUAACUUUAUCUUCGAUCUUAUAUUAUUGUUAAUUUUUUCUUUUAUUAUCCACAAUACUCAGUGUCCAGGAGCUGAUCCAAGAAUGAAUCUCUGUUGUAAUUUUAUUUAGUUUUCAGUUAUGUGUGGUAGCUCACCUGGUAUCAAUUCUACUUGGGCAUGGCCUAACAUUGGCAAAUCAGGGUCAGAAUUACUUUAGUGCGAAGUUAAAAUUAGUAAAUAAGAGAAAGAUAAUACUGAUACAGACAGGUAAUUGAAACUAGUAGUUGCUUAAGGUAACAUUCGAUCCAUUACUCUAUAUAAUAAUAUUCAAGAUAAUUUUAUUGC